AUGCUGAAUGGCAUGCAGUCUCUGCCUCUUUGGAGGGAAGCAUUUGGCGACCCGACAGGUGCUAACCUUGGAACUCUUGUCAACGCGAUCAACAUCGGUGUUCUCGUAUCCGCCCUCUUUUCCUCUCAGGUCUGCGAGAUCUUCGGACGAAAGAAACCGAUCACACUGGGCACUUUCUUGAUCAUCAUCGGUUCUGCACUUCAGGGAGGUGCUCAGAACCUGGGCAUGUUUAUUGCUGGCCUUAUCAUUAUCGGCUUGGGAACUGGCAUCGUCGCAGUGGCUGCUCCUCAGUUGAUGACAGAAGUCGCGUACCCGACUCAUCGUGGGAAAAUGGUGUCUCUAUACAUGACACAGUGGGUUGGCUAUCUCGUCGCUGCUUGGAAGACGUUCGGCACGUUCAAGAUGAACUCUUCGUGGAGCUGGAGGCUACCCAGUCUCUUGCAAGGCGUUCCAGCCAUUCUGCAGCUUAUACUCAGUAUCUGGUAUCACUCGUGCGGCGACCACGAUUCUCGCCUAGUGCGUUUCGAGCUGCUCGAGAUCGAAGCAACCGUAGAGGAAGAAAAGAAACACAAGGCGAUCCAGUGGUCAGAGUUCAUCCGCACUAGUGGUAACAGAAAGCGCCUCUGGAUCUUAAUCUCUAUGGGUUUCGCUGCUCAGUUGUCGGGCCUGGGUUUGACCGGCUAUUACCUGACCAAGAUCUUGAACAGCAUUGGCGUGACCAAUGCAAACACGCAACUUCUCAUCAAUGCGAUUGCGGCUGUUUGGAAAUUGUGUUGCUCUGUUUUCUUUGCUAUGCUCACUGAUCGAGUCGGUCGACGCGGUCUUAUCACCUUUAGGAUUACUACAAUGUUGGUUGUCUUCAUCGUGUGGACUAUCUGCUCUGCUCUCAACGAAGAACGCCACUUUUCCGACCGACCUAUGGCGCUCGCCGUCGUUGCCAUGAUCUUUCUCUUCCAGGUUGGUUACCAACCUUUCGCCAUCUCAACAGUGCCCUACGUUGUUGAGUGUUCUCUUUAUUCGUUGCGGUCAAAGACAGCUAUGAUCUUUCAGUUCUGUGGCUACUCGGCCAGCUUCUUCACAGGCUAUGUCAAUCCCGUUGCCUUGGACCGCGUACGCUGGCGUUACUACAUAUUUGCAUGUGCUGUUCUGGGCGUUGAAUGCGUGUUUGCUUGGUGGUAUCUGCCUGAGACAAAGGGGAAGGGUCUUGAGGAGAUUGGUCAGAUCUUUGACGGUGAGGAGCUUCUGACGGGUACACAGGCCAUCACCAAGAAGCGCGCGGAGAAAUACCGUGCGUUUGACGAGGGUAGUAUUCGUGAGCGUAAAGCUCUUAGUACGAGUCACAUUAAGGAAGGGGAAGAGUGA